CUCUGGCUGCCUGCGCGGUCGAGCUUCAUCCGUGUAUUUCCGUCUCAAACUCGAGUUGACUCAAGGACUCGAUCUUUCGCGGUUGCCUUGUGUGCUGCUUGUUGUCUUGCGCCCGCGCUUGGUGCAGCUAUUCAACAUGUCGACAUCUGAUUUGGCCCAGCAAGAGGCUGCUCUCCGGGCCUCCAUCAACCAACGUCUGAUUGAAAGUGGCAAGAAGGAUGCGCUCAAGCACAAGUUGCGCCAACAGCUUAUCGAGUCUGGCUGGCGUGACCGUGUCAAGGAGAUUGCCACACAAAAGAUUCGUGAGGCGAAUGGCCAACUGACAGUUGAGGAACUUGUGGCCGCCAUCACACCAGAUGCCCGCCGCGCGGUACCCGAAGAUGCAAAGACCGCCUUGCUUGAGGACAUUCGCAAAACCCUGCAGGAGGACACGGCUUGAAGUUCGCACGCCAUGCUGCCUCCCCCGUGACCUGUGUCGCGCUUGAUCGUACCUGGGAAUGACCGCAGUAGACCCGAAAUAGACCCUCUCAUUUUCGAAGAGUGCAUGAGCCUAAAGCAAGCGCCUUGAACAUCCUGUAUGCAAGGCGAUGUUUGCAGCCAUGUACUGUGUCAAUCUGUGAGCCAGCCAUAGCGCGACAUUUUGUUCGGUCCUUUUGUGUUUAUUUACCGUCCAUCUGCUCACA